AUGGAUUCAUCAUCUGAUGAAGAAUUAGUUGUGCGAAAUCCGUAUUCUACUCAGGCAAGUAAUGAACGACGUAGUAGUCGUAGAUCACGUAUAUCUGAUCAACAAGAGUUGAAAAAUCGAGCGUUGGAAGCAAUGAAACGAGCACGUGAUAUAGGUGGAGUACAUCGAGUCGACGUAGCGAAUCUCAUAAAGCCUGUAUAUGAGGAAGUAGAUGAUGAGGAAUAUAUGAAAAUCAUACAGGAGCGGCAGACAAGCGAUUUUGUUGUUGAUGAUGAUGGUAGUGGUUAUGUUGAUCAUGGUGUUGAUUUUCUGGACGACGAAUUAUAUGGAACGAAAAAACCAAAAAAACUAAAAGAUAGAAAAGAUAAAACAAAAAGAAAGGUUAUUGAUGAAUUUUUCGGUGCUUCGAAAUUGAAAAAAACGAAAAUGGAGGUUAACAGACCAACAUUUUUCAUUGUACUGCAGAGUACACUAACUAUAACAGAUGAUCCGGAUGUAGAAGCUCUUUUGAACGAAUGUGACUUAUUGAAUUCAGUGGAAGAAAAUGAAGAUGAAUCAAAAAGUUCACGAGUAACUUCUCCAAUUACUUCGAAUCCAUAUGUCAGGGAUAUUAGUGCAGCCGUAAAAUUUGCACCAAAACCAAUUAAAUCUGUAGAACUCAAUACAGAGGGGUGUGGGGUAGCCAACAUACUGCCUUCUCUUGCAACCGGUGUAAAAGAAUCGAUUCAUUUUGGAUUUGAAUUUCAGAAUAGCCAAGAAAAAGUGGAUAUUUACUCAGCUAGAAAAACUGAAAAUGAAUAUGAUUACGCAGAAGAUCCUCUGUAUUCACAAUCAAAUUUGAAUAAACUUGGAAGUGAAUGUGUUGUGAAAGAAUUUGAAUUAUCAGAGUCAUCUUUGAAACGAGCUGAUAAGAACUGUGAGGAGGAACGGAAUGAAUAUUCAGUGGAUAAUGAAAUUGUCAUAAGUAGUUUCAUGCAUGAACAAAAAUCUUCGGUUUUGCGAUUUUAUUGGCUUGAUGCUUUCGAAGAUCCCAUCAAAAUGCCAGGAACGGUUUACCUUUUCGGGCGACUCCUCAAUAAUGGUGUUUGUGAGAGCUGUUGUAUUGUCGUCAAAAAUAUAUGGCGACAAAUUUUCGUCCUUCCUCGUGAAAAGCGUUUACGAAACGAAGUUGAGAGUGACAAGGUGAAUUUGAUGCAAGUAAAUGAAGAAAUUCAGAAGGUACUCCGAUCCUUUGGUGCUAAAAUUGUUAAAUGCCGGCCAUGUGAGAAGAAGUUUGCAUACAAUGAUGGAAUUGUUCCACAAAAUGCAGAGGUUCUCGAAGUACAAUACAGUUUCAAUUGUCCAAGACUUCCAGUAGACCUUAAAGGAGAAACAUUUAGUCAUGUUUUCAAUACAACCGCUAACGCCAUGGAAAGAUUGUUGAUUGAAACGAAGAUGAAAGGGCCUUCAUGGAUUGAAAUCUCUGAUUUUUCUAUUUCUUCGCCUCAAAUUAGCUAUGCAAAAAAUGAAUUCACUGUCGAUAUGGAGCGAAUGAAGUCAAUCAAUGUGAUCGAUUGUUCUGAUCCACCACCGAAUUUAAAAUUGCUGACAAUCAAUGUGAUCACAGCAAUGAAUGACAAAAAGGAAAAUGAGAUCGUUGCAGUUACAUGCCUUUUUGAUCGGAAAUGUAGUAUUACUAAUCCUACAUUGAAUCGAAAUUAUUUGGAGCGAUUCUGCAUUCUCACAAAGCCUACUCUUUCGCCUUAUCCGUUUGAUCUAAAAGUUAAAUUGAAAGAAGCCGAGAUGGAUACCAUUGUGUACGAAACUGUGAAUGAACGUCAUCUGCUAAACCAGUUCUUGUGUAGAUUGCAGAACUUAGAUCCUGAUGCAUACGCUGGCCAUGAUCUAUCAAGUCAAUUUGCUGUACUGUGUUCUCGUCUGGAGAAGUUCAAAAUCACUCACUGGUCUCGUCUAGGUCGUUUAAAACGAUCAGUCGCAAUCAAGCAAAUAACGCGUACCAAAGCUUCGCAGUGGGAAUUAACUGCGGGUCGUUUCGUAUUGGACAGCAGGUCAUCGGCAAUGGAACUAGUGAGAAUGCGAAGUUAUGACCUUCCCGAUCUAAUAACAGAUUUACUGGGGACAAACUACGAUGUAAAUAAUGCAGAUCAAAAUAUCUCGUCAAACUUUGUAAAUUCAACAAAAUUGAUUAAAUUCAUCAACAGUACAUGGAUAAAUGCAUGGUUUUCUCUUGCGGUACUCGUAGAACUCAACGCUUUGCCAUUAUUUGUGCAAAUUACCAGAAUUGUGGGUGGAGUACUGUCAAGAACAAUGAUGGGUGGACGAGCAGAACGAAAUGAAUAUUUGCUUCUGCAUGCAUUUAGUGAAGCUGGGUACGUGGCACCCGAUAAAUAUGGGCCAGAUUUCAACAGUAAAAAACAGUCAAGUUUGUAUAGUAAGGAGAGUUUAGAUGAUGCGAAAAACAGCAAUAAGACACUUCACAAUCGAAAAGCACAAUAUGUUGGUGGUCUUGUUUUAGACCCAAAGAUAGGACUAUAUGAUACCAUAAUAUUAUUAUUGGAUUUUAAUAGCUUAUAUCCAAGUAUCAUUCAAGAAUACAACAUAUGUUUUACUACUGUCGAUUUGUCACAAAAAACACCCGAGUUGCCGAAAGAAACAGCUGAAGGAAUACUUCCUCGAGAAAUACGAGCCUUAGUGGAAAGAAGGCGUGAAGUGAAAAAGAUGAUGGCGUCCGAAAAACUCACUCAGCAGCAGAAACAACAGUAUAAUAUUCGUCAAAUGGGAUUAAAGUUAAUAGCUAAUAGCAUGUACGGAUGUCUUGGGUUCCAUCAGUCGCGUUUUUAUGCAAAACCAUUAGCAGCACUAAUAACAGCUCAGGGUCGAGAAAUUCUUUUGCACGCGAAAGAUUUAAUCGAGAAGAAUGGUUAUUCAGUUAUUUAUGGAGAUACUGAUUCUGUGAUGAUCAAUACAGGAUUAUCAGGGCUUUCCGAAAUACAGCAAAUCAAGAAAAUAAUCAAUCAGUGCUAUCAAAAACUAGAAAUUGAGAUUGACGGUAUAUUCAUGAAGUUAUUAUUGUUGAAAAAGAAAAAGUAUGCUGGUUUAGCAGUAGAUUUGGACGAUGAAACGAAGAUGAAACGUGACAUCAAGGGUUUGGAUAUCAUUCGGCGGGAUUACUCUCUUAUUGUGAAACAAAUUGGAAACGAGAUACUAGAUAUCAUACUCUCAACGAAGUCACAAAAUCGGGAUGAAAUUGUUGAACAUAUCAAUGCUCGCUUACGAAAAUUGAAGGAGGAAAUGAUGCAAGGACUGAUACAAACUUCCGUUUUUCAAAUAUUCAAGCAGCUCACUAGAAAUGUUGAUGAGUACGCAGACAUCAAUGUUCAACCGCAUGCAGCGGUUGCACGCCGUUUGAAUGCGACAGGAAAAUUCAAGUUUCAUCGAGGAGAUACAGUUGGAUACAUAGUUUGUGAGGAUGGUAGUGGAAAAUCAGCCGUUCAACGAGCUUAUCAUUUGAGUGAAGUUCAAGAAAAUAAAAACCUUAAAAUUGAUUUCCAUUAUUACAUAGCUCAACAAAUUCACCCCGUUAUAAGUAGGUUAUGUGUUCCAAUUGAAGAAUGCAACGAAGCUUACAUCGCGCAAACACUUGGUCUUGACAGUUCACUCUAUCAGAAACGAGCUGCACUUGUCGAAAACAUUGAAGACGAUUUGAUUUUGUCUUAUACACAUCAAAAUUUCGAACACUGUGAAUCAUUUACAUUCAAGUGCCCUAACAGCGAAUGUACACAUGAAUUUAACAUCCGUGAAUGCAUAAUACAAGAUAUAUGUAUUAGAAUGAUACAUUCAUUACUGUUCCAGGAAACCGGAGAUCUAAAAUUGUGGUUAAAUGAUUGUCCUAUUUGUCGUACUUCUCUCUUAUCCAAUGGAGCAUAUUUAAAUAAUCAGUUACAAUUAGUUCUCGAUAAAGCGAUAUCUGAUUAUUACAAGAGUUCCUAUGUGUGCGAUGAUAUUGGUUGCGCUUAUCGAACACGGACAAUAAUUUUAACCUGGGUAAAAGAAGGCAUCCCAUGUCCAUGCUGCAAAACUGGACUCAUGAGAAGAGAAUACUCGGCGAAGCGAUUGUAUGAACAACUCAGUUUCUACCAAACAUUAUUUGAUGUGGCUAAAAUGUUUGAAAAUUUCAAUGAAGAACAAAGAAAGAAAAUACAGAGAGAAUCUAAUUGGGCAGAUGCACUAACUUUGAUAAACAGGCUACGUUUGUUAUGUGACCAGUACGUGGCUGAUAACCAGUAUAAUCUUGUGUCACUAUCACAUUUAUUUGCCGCAAUGACAUAG